AUGCGGAUUCGCCUACAGCAUCGCAGGAGACCUCAAUGUAAGCGACUCCCGGGUAAGCUGAAUAAUGCCCCGCUGUCUCUGCCUGAUCAACAUCUCCAUUUCAGCAACGAACUGGCCCAACGGCUAGACAACUUACAAGUCACUGAUGUCGCCAUUGCCGUCGCUGCCGCUGACGAGAACGCCUCCGUGGAGAUCCGAUAGUCUCAACUGCGGGAUGCAGUCCAGGAGACAGUCCUGGUUGUCCUUGCUCGCACAGAUCGUCAGCGCCAGGACUGGUUUGAUGACAACGAUGUCGCCACCAACAACCUGCUCGCCGUGAAGAACCGCCUGCACCAAGCCUACGUCCACUGCUCCCCUGGCGACAACAAAGCUGAUUUCUACCGUAGUCGCCGCCUUGUGCAACAGCGGUUCCGUGAGAUGCAGGGCACGUGGACGGCUCACAAGGAGAAGGACAUUCAAGCGUACGCGGACCGCAACGAAAGGAAGAACAUCUUCGCAAUAAAAACUUUCUACGGUUCGACAACCAAAAGUACUACAUCCCUUCUCAGCGCCGACGGCAGUACCCUUCUUACCAUGAAGGUACAAAUUCUACAGCAAUGGGCCGAGCACUUCUGGGGCAGCCUCAACCGUCCAUCCACCAUCUCCUAUGUCGCUAGCGCCUGUCUGCCGCAAGUGGAGAACAACGCUUACCUCGACCUCCCGUCAACCCUCCACGAUACCAUCAGGGCCGUGCAGCAGCACUCCAGCGGGAAAGCACCCAGAUCGGAUGCGACCCCUGCUGAGAUCUACAACCACGGGGGCUCCCAACUUAUGAAUCAUCUGCCGGCGCUCUUACAGGAGAUGUGGCGUCAAGGAGAAGUCUCGCAGGAUUUCAAGGAUGCUGCACUCGUGCAUCUAUACAAACAGAAAGGAAACCGUCAAAUCUGCAACGACCAUUGA